AUGGUCGUUUCUAAUCACUCUCUCUUUGCAAUAUUGCAAGGUGCUUCGUUCCUCACAGUUUUGGUUCAGGCAAAUCAUGUGGAUCGAACAGGAUUCAUUAGUAUAGACUGUGGGAUAUCGGACGUCUCAAUCUACAUAGAUGAAGAAACGGGUAUCACUUACCUCUCGGACACAAACUUCACGGAUUACGGUGAAAACAGGGAAAUUUCAGCAUCAUACAAAGAGGAAAUCAAUGAGCAGCAGUUUUGGAAUGUCCGAAGCUUCCCUGAAGGAACCAGGAACUGUUACACCCUGAGCCCUUUGGAAGGCAAAGAUACUAGGUAUUUGAUCCGAGCAAGGUUCAUGUAUGGAAACUACGAUAAAAGACGCCAAGAACCAAAAUUCGAGUUGCAUAUUGGAGUUGACCUUUGGGACACGGUGAUAAUCGAGAGCGCGGAUGCUGUAAUAAACAAGGAAAUCAUACAUGUCCCUUCAUCUGACGAUAUACAUAUUUGUCUAGUUAACACAGGCUUUGGAAUUCCAUUCAUCUCAGUGUUAGAGCUAAGGCCUUUAGCUAGUGACAUUUAUGUAGCUGAUGCCGGAUCACUACUACUCAAAGGGCGCUAUGAUUUUGGUUCUGCAACCAAUAAAGUAAUAAGAUAUCGCGAUGACGUUUAUGACCGCUUGUGGUCGCCCCUCGAGACAGAUAAAUGGACACCGACGAAUACCUCCCUUGGAGUGAAUAAUAUAUCUGAUAGUGGCUAUGGACUACCCUUAACUGUCAUGAGCACUGCAUAUACACGAAACAAUAGUAUUCGUUACAUGGGAAUAUGGUGGACACUAGACAGAAAUCUCAGAUAUUUCUUCUACCUACACUUUGCGGAACUGGUAAAGCUGCAAAUGAACGAAUCUAGAGAAUUCAAUAUCUAUAUGAAUGGGGACUUGUGGUAUGACAUACCACUUAUUCCCACGUACUUGGUAGCAGACACACUGUGCGGCACAAAAGGCUCUAAACCUGAUCAUGAAGGAAAGAUCGAGAUUUGGUUUAACGCAACAGAAAAUUCAACUCUACCACCCCUAGUAAAUGCCUUGGAGUAUUAUGCGCUGCAGAAGAACUCGAGACAAGAAACAUAUGAAAAGGAUGCCAAUGCAAUACGGAACAUCAAGUUGGAGCAUGAAUUGAAGUUUAGAAACUGGCAAGGAGAUCCAUGUUCCCCUCAAGCUUACUUGUGGGACGGUCUUAAUUGUUCUUACAGUGACAACAAUCCACCUAGAAUUAUAUCCUUGAAUUUGUCCUCAAGCGGAUUGAAGGGAGAAAUAUCUCCUUACAUUGCGGAUAAAACGAUGUUGCAAUACUUGGAUCUAUCGAACAAUAGCCUAACUGGGACAGUGCCUGAAUUUUUAGCUCAAUUAUCAUUCUUGAGGGUUUUAAACAUAAAAGAAAACAACCUCAGUGGUCCGAUUCCACCUGCACUUCUUGAAAGAUCGAAAAAUGGCCUGUCAUUAAGUGCUGAUGCCAAUGUGAUCGGAAAUGAAACUUCAUCUUCACCGGGCUACUCGCGAGGAAAGAACAAGUUUGUUGUUCCACUGGUUGCAUUAGUCCGUGGAAUUUCGCUGCACUUUGUAUCAUAG